GGGGCUGACUAAGCUGGCGUACAGGCGGGUCUUUCUCAAACCACUCCGUCCUGUGUUUGUCACUCAGCAGCAGAAAGAAGCGCUUCUCAUGAAGAUGUAGCUUCAGGACAAGUUUGCUUCUCUCCACCGAAAUAUUUCAAAACAAAGCAUUAUGGCGUCGAGAAGAACAACAAUAGCACCAAGUGCUUUAAAAAGCACCGACGCUUUAAGCUCGAAAAGUGGGAGCAAUGCGAAUAAAACCAACACCAGCGGGACCGGGAGGAAAAGUGUCAAGACAAGUGGAACCAUAGUCAAGUCUCGAUAUAUGCAGUCUGCUGAGAAGUCAUCACUUUCGAAGAGUAACUCGCUGACCAACGAGUCUAUUGCUGUGCCACUGAGGCCUAUCUCACCUAAGCCCAGUGGUGUCAGACCAAAGCUGGGCAUGUCACCAAGACGCUCCAUGGCCCCACAGGCUCUUGCAACAUCCAUCAUGUCACGUGAAACAGAACCGUCAAUACUCGGGGAAAGUAUUCUGCAGUCUACUUUCUCAGUUGGAUCCUGCUUUCGACCAGAGUUUGAUAUUUCAGUCAUUAAAGAGAAAACAGUGAUGGAAAAUGCAGCAGAACCCGAGAGAAACCCAGAAGAGGAGAAGAGGGACAUUGAGUUGCAAACAUUACGACUGGCAUAUCUCACAGCUAAGAUGGAGAGCAAUACUGCAAAACUCAAGGCUGAGGCAGAGGCAAAGAUCCUGCAGAUAAUGGAGGAAGACGAGGCGCUGCAUAAGGACGUCCAUAAGAAGAAGCGCCAGUACCUGCUAGCAGAGAAGAACAGGGUGAUGAAUGAGUUGCUGGAUUUGCAGAUUGCUGCACUGACUCCUGUGGCAGAAGCUGCGCAGCAGUUCACAGAGCACUACAACUCUUUUGCAACCGCGGUUGACACCACCAGACAUGAGCUGCCUGUCAAGAACUUCUACAUUGAUGGAGACCGAAGGGAAUUUCUAGAUAAAGCUGAGGUUUGCCUGAAGGAGAGUGAGCAGCUGUUGCUGGGCUGUACAGAGGGAGAUUAUAAGGACAACAGCACCUCUCUUGAGUGCCUCAGGAACAUCAAAAUGACAUCAAAAGACAUCAGCCAGCAGCUUUCAGGUGCAUUUUCAGAGCUGCUGGAGCUGUCUUCAUCAGCCUGUCGACAUACAAUCCUCGUCCAGCAGUCCGUGGAGGAAGAGCAGCUCGGUCCUGCAAGAACCCACGAGCUCUACUGCCCCAAACAGUGAAAGAUGCCACACAGCAUGGGAUACAUAGCAAAUGCACUUUGAUAACCCCAAUUGCCUUUGUGCCAUUUGUGACAUUUUGUGUACUGUUAAAUGUUUUUGUGUGCUGUAUUAUGAAUUUGUAAAUGUAAAUAUGAAGUGCAAAAACAAUGACUGAUACUGUGUAUAGAUAAAACAUUGUUAGUAAAUAGAAAACAAUAUAAAAUAUCAAUUGAACAGUCAACAUGGUAAAAAAAAUGGUGUCUUACUGCUGGGAGAAAACACAUGAGCAGAGUUGUAUGUUAGGUUCUAGGCUUAAAUGUUUUAUGUUGUUUACGUAACAUGAAGAUGCUUUCAAAGCUGAUGUUUUUAUUAUCAAACUAACUUGACAUGAAGUUUUGUGAACAGAAAAACCUUAACCAAAUAGUUUGUGUGGCCACCCUUUGCCAUUUGUAAUGACUGAUGUGGAGAUCAGGACUCGGUAGGGGCCACACCCACGUUGUCACCCUGUGGAAUGAAUUUGAUACUGAUCAGAUGCCUUUUGGUAUUGUUUAGGAAAAGAACAUGUAGUAUCACAACAUACCUAAACCUGUUGGACAAUACUGUGUAUUCACUAGAUAACUGAAAAGAAUCAAAAAAAAUUGGAAGAAAGAUUAAUUCCAAAUUUAUGUAUUUCUCUGCCAAA